GAACCGGAUGUCGUACGUGUUUCCGGAUCCGCUUUAGUCCACCAUAGUCGUGACAGCUGCAGGGUUGCCGCCGGUGUGAUUAACGGCGCAAAUAUAUUAAUGAAAAGCCAUGGAAGACAAGGCACAGAUACAAGAGGCGAUUAAAAUCCAAGGUGAAGUCGUUCGGAAGUUAAAGUCAGAGAAGGCGAGCAAAGAGCAGUGACAGGGUUGCUUACCACUUUUCUCCUGUUCUUCCUGCCUGGCCCUGGUGGAUGACCCCUCAUCAUCUACCUCACUGUCUCCUGGACAUCUUUGCUCAACUCACUUCCUGGUUCCGCUGCUACUGGCCGUUGUGAUUGGCUGCUGUGGCUGGCCCUGUACAACUCCACUGGACAUUGCUGUACCCGUGAUGCACUCCUGAACUUUUUACCGGUCGGAUUUCUGGACUUAUUGUUCUUCUUGUCCGUGCUGUGGGACCAACAUGCUGGCCGUGUUCUGUGUUCGUGCGUGCUCUGGUCUGGCGGGCUUUCGGACUGCAACACGGGUCCGAUCUGUGCAUUCUCUACCUGGGAUCACUGUUGCGCAGAUUGAUGAAGAGGUAGCCAAACUGCUGCAGCUGAAGGCUCAGAUAGGAGGAGACGAUGGCAAACAUCAGUUUGUCCUCAAGACGGCAAAGGGAACGAGGGACUACAACCCCAAGCAGAUGGCCAUCAGAGAGAGAGUCUUCAACACCAUCAUCAGCUGCUUCAAACGCCACGGAGCAGAGACCAUCGACACACCCGUUUUUGAACUCAAGGAGACGCUGACAGGGAAGUAUGGAGAAGAUUCCAAGCUCAUCUACGACCUCAAAGACCAGGGAGGAGAGCUGCUGUCCCUCAGAUAUGACCUCACUGUGCCCUUUGCCCGCUACCUGGCCAUGAACAAGAUAACCAACAUCAAGCGCUACCACAUCGCUAAGGUGUACCGCCGUGACAACCCGGCCAUGACCCGCGGACGCUACCGCGAGUUCUACCAAUGUGAUUUUGACAUCGCAGGGCAGUACGACGGCAUGAUUCCAGAUGCCGAGUGUCUGAAGAUUGUCCAUGAAAUCCUCAGUGAGUUGGACCUCGGAGACUUCCGUAUCAAGGUCAACGACAGACGCAUCCUCGACGGGAUGUUUGCGGUGUGCGGCGUCCCGGAUGACAAGUUCCGCUCCAUCUGUUCAACGGUGGAUAAACUGGACAAGAUGCCGUGGGAGGACGUGAAGAAGGAGAUGGUGAAUGAGAAGGGCUUAUCGGAGGAGGUUGCCGACCGGAUCGGAGAGUACGUCAGUUUGCAGGGUGGAAUGGACUUGGCGGAGCGCCUCCUGCAGGACCACCGGAUGUCUCAGAGUAAGCAGGCGUGUGCCGGCCUGUCGGACAUCAAGCUGCUCUUCAGCUACCUGCAGCUCUUCCAGGUCACAGACAAGGUGGUGUUUGACCUGAGUCUGGCCCGCGGUCUGGACUACUACACAGGAAUCAUUUAUGAGGCGGUGCUGACUCAGGCCGGGGCGGUCCCGGCGCCCGCUGAGGCCCAGAAAGGGGCGCCUGCAGAGGAGAGCGUCAGCGUGGGCAGCGUGGCGGGCGGCGGGCGCUACGACGGCCUGGUGGGCAUGUUUGAUCCCAAAGGAAGGAAAGUGCCAUGUGUCGGUGUCAGCAUCGGCAUCGAGAGGAUCUUCUCCAUCAUGGAGCACAAGGCUGAGGUGUCAGCAGAGAAGGUCCGGACCACGGAGGUUCAGGUGAUGGUGGCGUCGGCUCAGAAGAACCUGCUGGAGGAGAAACUCCGACUCAUCACAGAGCUCUGGGACGCUGGCAUUAAGGCGGAGGUGAUGUAUAAGAAGAACCCCAAGCUGCUGAGUCAGCUGCAGCACUGCGAGGAGUCGGGGAUCCCGCUGGUGGCCAUCCUGGGAGAACAGGAGCUGAAAGAUGGAGUGGUCAAACUCCGCGUCGUGGCCACCAGAGAGGAGGUUGAUAUUUCCAGAGCAGAUCUUAUAGCUGAGAUCAGGAAGAGGACCUCCGAGGCCUAGCCAACCGCCAACCCGAUCGCUUCAAACACAGACGUUCUGCACGACGACAAUUCACGUCGCACGCUACAACACAGCACGCCAAAAGCAAUGCCGCUAACUGGAGGUGUGACUGGAGAACACCACCUAGACUCAAAGUUGCAGCCAACACGGAACGUGAUGUGUUUUGGAUUGUGUCAGUUUUCAGAAACACGUUAUCUGUCCAGGACCAAGGCCGGCCGCUGUCCUACCUGAACCCAUCUCAUGAUUUACUGCAGUGCAACGUAUAGCUUCAACUCAUUUCUACCUUCAUCAAACAUGGCUGUACUGUCAAGUGUCUGAAAUAAAAAGCAUCCAUUAUUCUGCUCAAUACUA